UAAACUGAAAGCACUAUGGGGACUCAAAAGAUGCACCUACGUCAACACCAACCAUCUAUAUAUACAGUGUGCAUACAGUACUGAUAGACUAGAAUAACAGAACAUAGUUAGGGCCUACAUCGUUCUUAGACUACCUCUUAAAAUGAGGACCAUAGUUUUACUAGCACUUCUCUUACUGAUAACUAAUGGAGGAGGAAGAGCAGACAAAUGCUCUGGAUUUCAAUUAAUACUAACAGAAACAAACACACUAAUGAGCUGGGAAUUACAAAGUGCUGAACUACUUACGGAUUCUACUUCCACUUUCGAAUACAACAUCACAUACAAAAUGGUCGAUAACAAAACUGCUCAUCUACAGUGCUCCUGCUCGUUGAUCAAGAGCUGUGAGGAUACAACAACAACAACGACAGUUAGCACUACACAAUUGCCAGAUACACCUCCUAAUAACACAUCAAGCGCACCAAGUGAAACAACACCAGUCAGCAUAACAACGACACCAGCUAGCACACCAAGUGAGGCAAUACUGGGAUCAGCCACUGGACUACUGUUGGUUGUGCUGGUGGGUGUCAUCAUUGGGUGGAUAUGCACUUGUAUUAUCAUGAGGAGGAGACACGGACAAUACCACAUCAACCACAGACACACAGAUGGCUACACAUACGCCCACUCCACCACCUCCACACCUCACCCCACCACCUCCUGCGAGGCCCCGGACACUACCUACAGCUCAAUAGGUCAAACCUAUGACACAAUUCCUCCUAGAGUAGUCCAAAGCUUUGAAACACUGACAGUUAACGAAGCAUACGGACCAGCUAGGUCUAUAGCAAAAGAUGAUGACACGUACAGUAAGCUGGAUAACAGUGUAACAAGGAGGCAAGGAGAUUCAGAGCCACACAGAGUGAUGGACAAAUACCAACAGAGAGUUGAUUCAAGGAUUGAUUACUCCACAGAAGGACAAGACGAGCUGGUUGAUGAGAACUACAGCAAGCUGUCUGAUAGCAAGCUGGCUGGUGACGAUAGCUACAGCAAGCUAGAGCUAGCUGGCGAUGAUAGCUAUAGCAAGCUGCCUGGUGCUGCUAGUAAAAGGCACGAUUAUUUUGAACUGGAGCCACAGGGACUACAGUUGAGUGCCAAUCGCUUCAAGAUUGUAACGAAAAAAACAGAGUGUGCUGGUGGAGGGAACACUAGUGAGGGGGCGGGAGGUCAUGAGGGGAGUGUGUGUAGAGAGGGGACGGAGGAUUACGAGGUACCUAUUAAAAGAAAUGUGGAGGUUACUCAAACGACUAAAGAGGAGUAAUUUUUAAACAGUACAAUACUUCAAACUUUAAUACAUAUGCAAUUACAGCUAUCAUAGAAACUGUUUCUUUUACACAUCAUUAAAUGUCACAUGAUACACACAUGCACUCAUAUUACGUGCUCAUUAGAGUAAUUCCAUA